AUGGCGACUGCAGGAACGUCUACUGUCUUGGAUCUUGGGUCCAGCACGUUGCGUCUAUUAGAUUCAGAUUUGAGACUGACAUCAUAUGUUUUCACCAAGUUCAUCAUACCGGAAAACUCCCCUAUCUCAUCUGACUCUGACAGACUUGGAGAGAUUCUCAAGUCUAGACAAUGCUGGGUAGCUCCGGCACCAGAACUCAUACUGCGUGUCCAUGUGCAGGGGAACAGAGAUUCUCAAAGCCAUGCGUCUUCUUACUUGAAGCUGGUAUCUGAGAUGUUUCAGUAUGAAAAGGUUUGGCACGAUCUUGGCCUUACGGUCGCAAUAAAGAGUUGCGAGGAUGUACUGGACCCAGAUGUCGCAACAGAUUUGAGCAUGGCAUUCAACAUACAGGAGAAUUCCCUUGCUACAGCAGUACGGCGUGUACCCCAUCAACUCCUGGGUCUUUUCCGUGCUACCGCUCAACCUCCUCCAGCUAUCCCGAGGGUUACUCUUUCUGAAGUGCACCUAUCUCUCAACUUUCAUUCAUCCAAUGGGAAACAUAAUACGCCUACUAUCGCACGGUCAAUCAUUGGAACUGGCACGGUAGCGCUCUGCGUCAUUCAACCAAGGUCUGACUUACCCUGCGAUGAAGCGCUCCAGAGCUGCCCCAUUCUAGGAUAUGAUCCUUCAUUCCCCCCUAGUAAAUCAGAGAUCCGACCGGCUCCUUUUCAAUUACAGUUCGAAUCACUUGGACGCCAUUUUCAAAGUUCUGGGAUGCAAUUUAAAUACUAUGCUACGGGUUAUGGUAAUACAGAAGAUAAUUUCAAUUCCAGUGGAAGCAGGGUUGGGUUCCACAGGCUCCUUGGAGUUUGCCUUGAUGAUAUUUUUGCGACGACUCAUUCGAAAUCUACUGUUGGUGUCGAGAGUAUCAAGGAAGAAACUAUAUACAAGCUUUCAGACGUUGCUCCUACUGUCUUCUCUCCGGGAUACCGCGAGGCCAUGCAACAAAGAGCAUGUUUUAUUCCAGUAAUCGCCAAGGCAAUGUCCUCGAUAAUCGAAACUGUCGACAUAUUGACUUCUUCGCAGAGACUGUCUUCUCUCCAGGGACAUUAUGCAUCGCACCACGGGACAGACCUCGAUAUUGAUGAAGUACCGAAUGGAAAGGCAAUGCUCAAGUCUCUGCUUUGGAAAAUUGCGCAAAAAGGUGUCUAUCGUGUGAAGGCCGCUCGCAAAAUGCGUGGCUUUGCAAGUGUCAACAGAAUAAAUUCUCCAGUCUUUGAGAGCCUAUUUGCGGGCGAUGACAGCAUCCUCGAAGACGAUGUCAACUCGGAUAAUGACCUACUUGACGAUGAAGAGUGCGAAGAUGAUAAUUUGACGUCGAUGCUCGAAGAAGAUCUCUGCUCACCUGCCCUUGAAGAAGACAUGGGAUACGAGGAGGACCUCUUGGACACGCUCCAAAUGUGCGAGAACUAUGAGUCAGGCGAGGAAGAGUAUCAAGACCAUGAUGAUCUCUCCGUCCUUUCUAGCAGCGACAUCCUUGACCCCAGCGGCCAAAUAGUCUCAUCGCAGCUACCGGGUCCGGUACUUUCUUCAUCUCCUCUCUCUUUCGACCACUUCGGGCUUUCAUUGAGUCAUAUUAAGCAGGACUUAGAAAGAUUCUAUGCAGGACCAACUUUACCGGCAGAGAACGGUACAAUGGCUCUCGACAAGCAGCAUAUGCGAGAUACCAUGUACUGGGACGAUAUUGAUGAAGACAUGCUACAUUGA